AUGAAGUAUUUAAUUUUCAGGUUAAUUUUAACAGUAUCUCUACCUAUUAUUUUAGGAGUUGGGGUUGUAUUGAGCAUAUUUUAUUAGCUCUUAUGGUAAGCCCUAAAUCAAUGGUAAUUUGAUAGUGCUAAUUGGGUUGAGUAAACAUAAAAGCAAGUACUAUACAAUUCUAUAUAUUCAUAGUAAAUCCUGUUAGAGUAUAGCUUUAACUAACUGGAACUUCACAUGGUUGUGAUCAAAAAUAUGUUAAAUAACUACUAGUCUGGUUAAAUGUUAUAUAACCAUCAAACAACAUACCUAUUAUGCUCAUAUAGAGAGUACAUGCUAAACUAAUGUCCACAAAAUGUAUAUGAUUAGAUUAAUAGAAGUAUUUUCUAUACACAGCUUUAUUUUGUGAGAUCGAUAUUCAAAUACGAUCUUCUUCCACCUGAAUAACAAUAUUUCAUCAAAAUGAACUAAGACUUAUCUUUUUAUGGUAGAGCAGCUUUUUUAGCAGCAUAAUAAAGCGGAAUAAUUUAAAUAAAUAGUAUUCAUGAUGCAGAUACAACUGCAACAUAUACAGUCAAUCCUUCCGUAUUGUACAAUUAUACAUAAUCUACCUACUAUACUUGUGAAGGAACAUAAUAUAUAGAACCAUAUGAUCCAAGAUGUAGAUUUUGGUAUUAAUAUGCUAAAUAAAAUGAAGGUAUGUUUAUCUAUUAGCCUUAUAAUGACGCAUUAACAGGAGCAUUAUAAAUGAGUAUUUCUACCUAAAUUUUAAAAGAUUAUUAGUUUUAUUCUGUAGGUGCUAUCAUUUUUAAAAUGCAAAAUAUAGUAAACAUAUUUAACUCUUAUUUAAGUGAAAAUUCUUAUACAGUAUUAUUUCAUGAAUUCGAUGCAACAGUUUUUUAUCAUCCGUUGCUUAUUUAUUAUUAAACAACAACAUGGGCAGACGUAGAAUUUUUAAAUAUUAAUUAAUUUUGCAAUAAUUCUAAUGAAGAGAUGGAUAUUUGCUUAUCAUAAAAAUAAUAAUUUAUGAGCAAAUUAAACUAAACCAUAUAAUUCAUUAAAACUGGAAAUUAUUAGAUUGAUAGCUAAACAAAUUUGGAUUAACUUUACUCAAGCUGGGAAAGAUUUGGAUAAAAAUAGAUGAGUAUUGUAUUUCCUAUUUAGAGCAAGCUUAAAGGGAUUAAUACUUAAAAACCAUACUCUUAUGCAAUCUUAUUGUUGGCAAGAGUAAUAACUGAUAAUAGUGAUUAACUGAAAUUGUUUAACAUAUUAAAUACAAAUAUUAUUAAGGCUUAUUUGUUAAUUGGAUUUGCUUUACUUAGUAUAAUAAUACUAAUAUUUAUUAGUAAUUAUGGUUUUUUUUUGGUGUUUUAAAUUUAAAAUCCUAUUGAAAUGCUUAUAAUAUUUUUAGAGAAGAGUUACUUGGAAUAAUUAACAUAUCAGACAAGUGGAAAUCAAAACAAAAUUGAAAUAUAAAUUUAAUAAAAAAUAUAAAAGAAGUUUAAAUAAAUUAAAAACAGACCUAGUUUAUCUUUUAAAUCUGCUUAAAAGUUAAAUUUAUUUUAAAAGUUUUGGUAAAAUUCUAAUAAAAUAAAUAAAAAUAAUAAUUAAAUCUAAAAAUAGCAUUAAUUACAAGAUAGUUCGAUUUUUUAAUCUUAAAAUUUGACAAUAUCAAAUUAAUAAAGUUAAUCAUUAAAAAAUUAAAUAAGAUUUUAAAGAAGUAUCUGA